AUGUCUCGACGCAUUGCUACCUCCUGGGGCAGCCAGCUGCCCCAAUUGCUGCGCCUCCACCCAGGAACCGCUUCACGCCUCCCGGCUGCCUCCGCGACGUCAUACCACCUCGUUGCCAAUCCCUGGUUGCCGUGCUCGCCCUCCUCGCAACGCCGGCUCCUCUCCGCCUCGCCGGCGCUCCGCAAGAAGUCGGGCAAGUCGAAUCUCUCCAACGCCCGCUCCGACAGCUCCCCGCCGGUCAACAAUGCGCACAUGGCCACCCCGACCGACGACGCGUUCGACCUGUCGACCAUGGAGUCGUCGAUCCUGCGCGCCAUGGAGCGCCUGACGCACGACCUGUCGGAGCUGCGCGCCGGCGGCCGCUUCAACCCGGCGCACCUGGAGAAGCUCAAGGUCACGCUGAAGCCGAGCGGCAGCGCCCUCGACGCCAAGGAGAAGUACCCGCUCGGCGACAUUGCCCUGGUCAUCCCCAAGGGCCGCGUUGUCCACGUCGCGACCGGAGAUGAGGAGUACAUCAAGCCCCUCAUGACUGCCAUCCAGGCCUCGCCUUACUCCCUCGCGCCCCAACCACCCACGUUGGACGCGCCCCUCACCAUCACCGUGCCCAUCCCGCCGCCGACGGGCGAAUCGCGCAAGAAGGCGCUGGAGUCAGCCAAGACUGCCGAGACCACUGCGCUGCAGGCGAUCCAGAACGCGCGGGCGACGCAUCAAAAGAAGCUGCGGGCGCUCGACGUCGACAAGAAGGUGCGGCCGGACGAUGUGAAGAAGGCGAAGAACCUGAUGGACGAGACGGCCAAGAAGGGCCAGGACGAGGUCAAGAAAAUCGUCGCCGGCGCGAGGACGGUGUUCGAGAGUCUGUAG